CGCAGCUUUAGCUCCAAUCUAGGGAUUUUGUUGCUUCAAGUGUCACUAGUUGGUGACACAGGUGAUGUUUUACCCAGGAAAGCAACAAAAAAGGGCCACUAAAUAACCAUGAGCGAAGAAAGCAAGAAAUACAAGAUCAUCGAAAACGUGCUCCAAAAAAUCAACAGCAUGUCCAUCGCCCUCCCAGACGACGAAACCAAACGAAACAACCAACUCUUACAAAUUGUCAAACGCACCGUCCAAAAAAUACGAGACAAGAGCGUCCUGUUCAACAAUUUAUACCAAGAUAUUUCAUACGUUGGCAGUUUUUACGAUGGACUCAAAAUCGGAAGUCCAAACGAGUACGAUUUGGACUGCAAUUUGCGAUUCCCAAAACUGGCAGAAGCAACCAUUGAGGAAAAUAACACGCCUGGAUUCGUCCACGUUGUGUUGAAAAAUCUGGACGCUCUUCGGAAAAGCGAGAGCGAAGCGGCGAAAUACCCCAAUUUGGACAAACUCCUGGAUGGCAAUCGCUUAUCAACGAAGAAAACCAAGUCAUGGGUUGAGAGUCUGAUCGAUACGGCGUUUCACGGAAAUUUGAAAAUGGAUGUGAAUAUCGAUGGUACCAACUGUCCCAUCAAGAUUGACAUAAUCAAAAGUGGACCAGCGUUGACCAUAAAACUGGAAGGUGUCCACAAUUUGAAAAAAUUCGAACUAAAAAUUGACUUUGUCCCUUGCUUUAUUUUCCCAGCGGAUCAGUGGCCCAAAAAUGGUUACAGGCGAAAUCUUUCACAUAAUAAGAAAACUUUUUUCGUUGUCCCGAAAAGUCCGAACGAUUUGGACGUUUACAACUGGAGACUGAGCUUCCAAGAACAAGAGCGAGAAUUACUCCAUAAUUACAAAAACAUGAAGUCGAGCAUUAGACUAAUCAAGAAAAUACGGGACCGACAUGACCAUAACAUUGCCAGCUAUUUUAUCAAGACUGUCUUUAUGUGGGAACUGGAAAAUUUCGAUAAAAAUUUCUGGGAACAGUCGUUAAGUUUCGUGUUUAUGACUAUGUUGAGAAAAUACGGUGAGUAUAUAAAACGGCGCAACAUCCCGAACUAUUGGCACGAAAAACACAAUCUGAUCGAAGAUUUGAGAGAAGAAACUGCUGUUUGUAUCGCAAAUAAAGUCCGGAAUAUUGGCGACCACAUCGAGCGAAUUUGUAGCUCAAACUCGGGUUUUUACGACAUUGUUAAUUAUUUCUUAAAGCCCCACGAGUUUGACUUGGACAGUUUUAAACAAGAAGUGAGUGUUGGUAAAAAGCUGCUCAAACGAAUGGAAUCUGACAAAAAUCUGGCACAAGUUUCGUCAAAUUCUGACGAUUCGGAAACGUCUGAUUUUGCAAAAUUGGAAAAUUUGUGCCUUCAAUUGGCCUCAGAUCAGAGGAAGGUUGUGGGUUUGCUGGAACGUUUGGGGGAAGAUUUGGAGAAGAAGAAAACGCAAGAUGAACGAAUUAUGAGGAGGAUUGAGUCAAAAAUCGACCGCUUGUUGGCGAAAAUAACUGUUGAAGAUUUUGAAACGAAUGUAACUAGUGAUACAGUCGAACUUACGAGGUGAUUUAGAAAAAAAAAGUGUUAUUUUAUCGUUCUCUCAAGUCUAGGCAAAUUGUAUUGAUAAAGAGGGCUGACAUUAGGAAAACAGCUUUAAUAAAUUAUUUUUUUUGUA